UUUGAAAUUUCAAUAAGCAAUUUCGCAAGUGAUACUAAACUUGAUUAUAUUAAUUGAAAAGUUAUAAAAACAAGGACUGUGAACAUUAAAGUGGUUAAUAUAUAUUCGCAAUGAAUAUUCCAAAAUGUGAUUGCAAAGAAAAUCGACCUCCAGCAGUAGGACGAUCUCAUUGUGCGUGUUUUACAAAUACUCAAAAAAUGCCAGCUGGUAGCUUUAAAGUACCAACAAUACCUGUUAACCGUCCGGUUCUUAGUAAUAAUAAAGAGCAGCCAGGAAAACAAGAAGUAAAGAGAAAGGACGAUAAAAAGAAACAAUGGGCACUGACUGAUUUUGACUUAGGACGCCCGCUCGGAAAAGGUAAAUUUGGGAAUGUGUACUUAGCGAGAGAAAAGGAAUCACAUUAUGUUGUGGCACUUAAGGUACUUUUUAAAAGUCAGAUCCUAGAUUCGGAAAUAGAACACCAGGUCAGACGAGAAGUUGAAAUACAGUGUAGACUAAGGCAUCCAAACAUUUUACGUAUGUAUGGUUAUUUUCAUGACGAAAAAAGAAUAUAUUUAAUAUUGGAAUAUGCAAAACACGGUGCGCUUUAUAAAUUGCUGAAAGAACGCGGGCGUUUCGAUGAAAAAACAGCAGCUAUUUACGUACGCGACUUAACAAAGGCACUGAUCUAUUGUCACACAAAGAAAGUUAUUCAUAGAGAUAUUAAACCAGAAAAUUUGUUGAUCGGCCAUAACUUUGAAUUGAAAAUAGCUGAUUUUGGUUGGUCUGUUCAUUCACCAUCUUCAAGGCGUAUGACACUAUGUGGAACGUUGGAUUAUUUAUCACCUGAGAUGAUUGAGGGUAAACCUCACACCUACGCAGUUGAUAUAUGGAGUCUUGGAGUUUUAUGUUACGAGUUACUUGUAGGCUUACCUCCAUUUGAUGCGAAGGACUCCCAUCAAACAUAUAGAAAGAUAAGGUAUGUAAUAAUUAAAUAUCCUGACUUUGUUACUGAGAAGGCAAAAGACUUAAUGGGAAAAUUAUUAGUUAUAAAUCCCGAACAAAGAUUACCUUUAACUCAAGUUCUACAGCAUCCAUGGAUUAUAGAAAAUGCUCCUGAAGGUGUCCAUCCGCCUAUAUGUAAUACUGAACAAAAAUAAUUCAGAUAACAGGUUUUAUAUGAGAUCUAUUUCCAAAUGGUGACUAAUUCGUUACCAAAUAUUGUCUAAUUAUAGAAUAAUUUGCUUUAGUAUGUGUUGAAAUUUAUUUGUAUCAAUUAGUGAUUUAUGAAGUAAUUA